ACUGGAGGCCCAGAUCAGAUCAAGACCUCCAUACCUCAGGGGCCGCCCAGGCGCUCGGAGGACACAACCCGUUUCGGGGCUGAGUUCUCCCAAAACGGGAGCAGGGACUCGACUGUCUUGGAGUGAAAUUCAACCCUCUCCUAGAGUCAGAUAUGAAUAUCACUUCUCCCUCCCUCCACCACCUCGCACUCGCAUUCAUACUGCAGACACAGAGAAGGGGGAGAGGAGAGAGAGAGAGAGGAGGAGAGGCACCUUCCUCUUUCUAAACCACAAGGCAUUGUUGUGUAGGAGUGAAGCGGGCUGCCAUCAGCCUCUGAGCUUUGCUACCUGCGUGGGUGGGGUUCAGACCUCGACCCACAGCCCCCGGCCCGUGUCUUGGGAGAGAAGAGUUCAACGCGGAGCACAUGAAUGAGGCUGUCCUCCCUGGAGCCGACCCAGAAAUCGGCCCCCGGCCGGAGGGUUGGGUGAACGGUCACCUCUCCGGACCUCGGUCUCCAGUGCUGCCGACCGGCCACGGCUCCGGCCCGGCCGAGAUGCCGCGGGCGGACGGUGGCCCCGACCUGGAGGAGGAGGAGGAAGAAGAUGACGUCUUCGGGGAAGGGGUCCCGGCCCAGCUCCCCGAAAUGUUUUCGGCGGGACCACAGGUGUUAUCUCCCGGGGGUCCUAAUGGCAUCUUCAGGAGCCAGUCGUUUGCCGGUUUCAGCGGCCUCCAGGAGAGAAGGUCAAGGUGUAAUUCCUUCAUCGAAAACCCCUCCGCUGUCAAGAAGACCCCGACGAAGCCGAAGAAAAUGCAGAAUUUAGCCCACAAGAGCAACAGCGCUCCCAAGGAGCCCCAGCCGAAGAGGGUGGAGGAGGUUUACGGCGCCUUGAAGGGUGGUCUCAACGAAUACCUGGAGGUCCAUCAGGCUGAACUGGACAAGCUGAACUCUCAGUUAAAAGACAUGAAGAGGAACUCCCGCCUGGGGGUGCUAUAUGAGUUGGACAAGCAAAUCAAAGCAAUCGAGCGCUACAUGAGGCGUCUGGAGUUUCACAUCAGCAAGGUGGAUGAGCUGUACGAAGCCUACUGUAUCCAAAGACGCCUUCAAGACGGGGCCAGCAAAAUGAAGCAGGCGUUCGCCACAUCGCCGGCCAGCAGAGCGGCCAGAGAGAGUUUGAUUGAAAUCAACAGAAGCCACAAAGAGUACACGGAGAAUAUGUGCACCAUUGAAACCGAGCUGGAGAACUUGCUUGGGGAGUUUUCCAUUAAGAUGAAAGGUUUAGCUGGAUUUGCUCGCCUCUGCCCUGGAGAUCAGUAUGAGAUCUUCAUGCGCUACGGCCGGCAGCGGUGGAAGCUGAAGGGCAGGAUCGAGGUGAACAGCAAGCAGAGCUGGGAUGGGGAGGACACCGUGUUUGUGCCCCUGAUCGCCGGGCUGAUUUCCAUCAAGGUCACGGAGGUCAAAGGGUUGGCGACCCACAUCCUGGUGGGCAGUGUCACCUGUGAGACCAAAGACUUGUUUGCCGCCCGGCCCCAGGUGGUGGCCGUUGACAUCAACGACCUGGGCACCAUCAAACUGAACCUGGAGAUCGUCUGGUACCCGUUCGACGUGGAGGAGGUGAAUCCGUCGGCCGGCAGCGGGAACAAGGCCUCAGCCCUGCAGAGACGGAUGUCCCUGUACAAUCAAGUCUCCCCGGACACCCCCACCUCCAAGGAGCAGGCCUUCUUCGCCACGUUGCCGGACGACAUCUUUGAGAACGGGGGGGCAGCCGCGGCGACGGCGAAGUGUCCGGUGCUCUGCCUCGCCGACUCGCCCAACGGGGACCGCGCCCCUCCGCCCACCGCCUCGGCCCACCCCGAAAUCACCGUAACCCCCGCGGGCCCGGCGUCGCCGGAGGACCCCCCGGACGGCCCGGACCCCGCAGCGCUCCUGCCGGACUCGGACGAGGGGUCGGAGCUCAAGCCCGUGGAGCUGGACGCCUUCGAGGGGAACAUCACCAAGCAGCUGGUGCGGAGACUGACCUCGGCCGACGGACCGUCCGCCCCCGCCGGCCCCGGGGCCGGGCUGCCGCCCGGAGGCCCAGCCGGCGGGGAGUCGGACGCCGGGAGUCAGACGGCGGACGGGGGCCUGGAGGAGGCUUUCCGGGGGCUCUUCCUCACCCUGGACCCCCACAGGGACCACUACCAGGAAUUCCAGGACCUGAGUCGAGAGGCCAUGCGCCUGGACGACGUUCUCAAAAGCAAGCCCCCAGGAGGUCACAGCCGGGGUUCCAGUUUGAGCCUGGCCGUUGAAAGCGCUUUAGAAAGCUUUGACUUCCUCAACACCUCUGACCUGGAGGAGGAGGAGGAGGAGGAGGACGAGGAGGAAGAUGGCAGCGGCGCAAGGGUUCGCACGAUCCGAGGAGUCAGCGAUUCGGUAUUUUCCGACAGCGAGACGGAGAAGACGAGUUUCAGACCAGACCACCUGGACGUCCGGCCCCACCUCAGCGAGGCUCUGACCGAAGACACGGGGGUCGGGACCAGCGUGGCCGGUAGCCCCCUCCCUUUGACCUCUGGAAACGAGAGUCUGGACGUGGCGAUCGUCGGGCACCUGCGGUACAGCGCUCAACUUGUGCAGCGCGUCGUCUUCUCGAGCGCGGCCCCGCCGGUAGCCGGGAGCCUCCUGCAGAAGCUGCGGCAGCAGGUGCGGGUGCUGGGGACGCUGGCCACCCUCAGCGACGACGACGGCAGCCCGGGCGACGGCGGCUCGCUGCUGGAAGCCAUCCCAGAGUUCCACGAGAAGUCGGGGCUACUGGCCUUCUGGACCGCCUGCUGUCACCCGCUGGAAGCGUACCAUGCCUCAGCCGCCCGGGUCCUGGCUCAGCUGGACGCCACCUUCGCCCGGACGCUCGACGCCGCGCACCCGGGGCUCGCGGACACGGCGUUCCGGAUGCUGGUGGCCCAGAUCCUGGACCACGAGGAGCCGCUGCUGCCCCCGAGCCUGGGCGCGGAGCCCGUCACGGUGUUCCGGUAUCACGGCUACUUCGCCAGCCGCGGGGUGGACGACCUGCGGGACCACCUGGUCCGGCUGGCACGGCACGCCUCCGCCAUCCAAGCACUGCGGGCCCGGAGCGACGUGGGGCCGCUCUGGGAGGCCGAGGGAGGCCCCGUGGCCCAGGAGGGCAUUCUGCGAGCCCUCGCCUCGCUCCUGACCGAGAGGGACGCCGCCGACGAGGUCAGCCGGACGGUGGCCCGGCACCUGGCCGCCGCCUCCGAGAACCGGCCCUUCCGGGAGAAGGCGAUGCUCUACUACUGUGAAGAACUGACCAAAGCAAGCGUCCGGCUCCGCAAGUCAGCCUGCCUGGCCCUAAGGAGCCUCCAGGCUACCGAAAGCAUUAAACUACUGGUGACGCUGUGCCAGUCUGACCAGGAAGACAUCCGAAAGGUGGCAUCCGAGACCUUGCUGUCUCUCGGGGAAGAAGGGCGCUUGGCGUACGAACAGCUGGACCGGUUUCCCCGGGAACGCCUGCCCGUUGGAGGUCACCGUGGGAAUGGAGAAGCGGCCACGACGUCUUAACCCUUCAAGAGAGCUCCGCCGGCCACCGGGCGAUCUCUGUAACCAAGGUGGUGCUGGGAUUGUCACAGGAAUGGUAAAGCAGAGCUGGGAAAGGGAGCGGCUGGGAACCCAGUGAUUCAUCAAAAGAAAAAUAUCUACCCUGGGUCCCCAACACCAUUUGACCGUUCCCUCUGGAAAGAGACCGCGGGGUGGGUUUGUCGAAAAUAUUUUACAGCGACGGGUCCUGCCUACAGGUCUCUGCUCAGUCUCCAUUUCGUAACAUUUUGGAAUUUGGCAUCUUAGGUCGCCACAGGAUUCCGGUCCUCUUUUCCUUUUCGGUAGAGGCUGUUGGGCGAUCUGGAAACUGAAUUGGGCGAUGCUGGAUUUAUGAAAGGAAGAAUGGAGGAGGCGGGUGGGCGUUACCAGCAGAAAGCCUUUUUCUCCAAGCUGCGUCAGGUGCUGGCUGGCUGCUCUUUAUCACGUACGGGGAUUGAAUGACAUCUGCUGCUUUAAACACAAAGCACCAGAAAAGAGCUUUUCCCAGUCAAGUUUUGCCUUUCCAAAACCCAGCUGGAUACCUCUGGAAAGAUCUAAAUGGAUAGGCUUUAGUAGUUCAGGGCCCUUUGGAUUUCUUUUGUCUCCUGGCUCCAUCACACCAACAAUUUUUUGAAGUGUUUCUCUUGUUGUUUUUCUUCUGUUCGAUCCGCGAGAGAGGCUGAUACCCUCUAACUUGGCUGGUUUACUCGCCCUUCUCAGAAGAAAAUGUGCUGAAAUUUGUAAAUCGUUCACACCUCUUGACUUCCAGCUGUGCCACCUGGGGAUGCUUUGCCAUCCCCGGGGCCAAAUGGAGGCAGGGUGAAGUGGGUGGAGCAGGAGGGGAGGUGGGAAGGGGGCCCAGGGUCACUGCUCUCCCCCAGGAGACCCCGACAGUGCGGACCGGGCCUGUGGCAUCACCUCUUCCCGGCGGGCAGCUCGCCGUAGUUGUGGUCACCCCCAGGUUGCCAACCUAAGAGGAACAGUUAACCCUGGGGUGAAAGUAAGGGCGACCGUAGGCCCUCGGCACGUAACGGGCCAAGCGGGUCUCCGUGUCUGAUCACAGCCUCUAAAAUUUCAAGAGAAAACUAGGGAUUCUCAUUCAACCGAGGGACGGUAAUUCGACCGCAAGCCUCUCGGAGGGAAAUUCUGUCUAGCGGUCGCGGGGGCUGUUGAAAGAACGCGUUUCAGCCGCAAGCGAGAAGUACAGGCGAGGGGGAUAGUUCGGCUGUGAAUGGAUGUACAUAGAGCUGUAUAUUUUGAUUAAAGCUGUAUAUAGAUCUCCACUGCAUCGAAGGGUACACCGCUAGAGCCUAAAAUGUUUACCAGGCGAAGGGAGGAAAUGGUUCUUUUAAUGGAAGGCCGUCUAGUCUCGUCACCGUGUUUUUAGGUUCUUUUAAUAUUCCUCCUACUGCACGAGGUCUUAAUUCCUUCUCUUUCAGCCCUGCCCUUCUAAAUUGUGGCAUUUGUACCUACCGGGUUUCUGGCUCUCCAUGUCUUAAUAAAGAUUAUUUUUGAAUGAAUUCGG